AUGGCCAUCAUGGCAGCGAUUUGCGUCUUGAGUCGUUUCGCCUAUAAGGUUUUCUUCGCCGGCCUCGAUGUUGGUUGGGAUGAUUGGUUCGUCAUGGCGACAUUGAUCGCAGCCAUGCCAAGUGCCGUCAUCACUGUCCAUGGAACGACCGCGAAUGGCUUGGGAAAGGAUAUCUGGACAUUGGAGCCCCAACAAAUCACCAACGUCCUCUUCUAUUUUUACAUCAUGGCAUGGCUGUACUUUCUACAGGUGACGCUGGUGAAGCUUGCAAUCAUAUUUUUUUACAUGCGGAUUUUCCCUGCCAGAGAGGUACAGCGCGUGCUCUGGGCCACGACGAUCUUUAUCAUUGUAUGGGGUUCUGCCUUUGUCAUCACGGCUAUCUUCCAGUGUAAACCUAUUCACUACUUCUGGACGAAGUGGGAUGGACUACACGAAGGCAGUUGUGCAGAUGCCAAUGCUGUCAGUUGGUCGAAUGCCUCAAUCAGCAUCGCGUUGGAUCUUUGGAUGCUGGCCAUUCCAUUGUGGCAACUGAGAGCUUUGAAGCUGCACUGGAAGAAGAAGGUCGGCGUGGCGUUGAUGUUCAUCGUCGGCACAUUGUAA